GUUAAAAGCUCAGCCUUGCUCACCUUACUCCUGCUGAACACACAUUAACCUACAAUUGGGUGAGACCAUCCAAUACAAAGUUCAUAGAACGGUGUAGAAUAGCUCAUGUAACUGGCUAAAUAUUAUGGGUACACUUUCAUACCAUUGUAAACCCCCCGCCACACACACAGAGAGUGAGGGACUAUCCCCGUUCCUCAAUAUGAAAGUUGAAUCUCAUUUUCCCCUAGUUAGCUCCACACAGGCUCGUUCCUGAGCCCUGGAUAGUCCCUGGGCAGACAGCAUCUCUAAUACCCUCUGUGCUUGUCAAUUCCAGGAAUCAUGCAGUCAGCCCUGCUGUCUUUGGGUUCCCGUCUGUAGGGGGUUCUGGAAAAAGAAGACUAAUAAAUUCUUGCUGAAGGCAAGCCAAACUGGGGUCAGAAGUCAGGGUUUGAGAUGAGGGCUUUGAUCCGUGUAGGUUAAGGGAUCUUGAUACACAGCUCAAGCAAGAAACACCUGGAUGACGCAGAGUUGGCAGUGUGGAAGCUGAGGCCAAAGCUCAUGGGAAGCAGGCUUCCUUCAAGAGGCCUGCCUGAAGUCCAUGGGGGCAGGUGCCCGCAAGUGGUCGAGCUGUGAGAGGACAGAGAUGGGUCCGGCCACUGUACUGUCCCAGGCAGGGGGCCAGGCCUGUAGCCAGGGAUGGGCCUUGAACACUGGUCAGCAGGCUCUGAGGUCUGAAUAGGGCAGGAAGAUCCAUUUAUUUCCAACAUGUGACAGUAAAUGAAAUGCAACCUGCUUUUUAACUCCUGUUUUGCCGCGCACAUACUCAGCAUGAUGUUGCAAUCGUUCGCUCACAAGAAAAGCUUCAGGCCAGGGAGCGCUCAGUAGAACACAUUCAUAUCUCGCGAGAGAAGGGACGAGCGCCAUCGACCCAGCAACUCUCGCGAAAGCUCAGACUUGGAUUUCCGGCUUGCGCGGUAUUGCCCUGACAACAGACAUGGCUGCCACCGAAGAGGAGCGGCUUUUCUCGCUGGAGCUGCUCGUAGACUGGGUGCGGCUAGAGGCCGGGGCGUUCCCGCACGCCUCGAACCCCGCGGUGGCCUUCCACCUGCUAGACUUCCCGCCCCUGUUCGUCCUUCCGCCCACCGCGCCCAGGCCAGCGCCUCACAGCGGCGUCAUCGGUUUCGGGCGCGGCAAGGUCUGCCUGCUACGCCUGCGCCCCACAGCCCUAGGCGUAUCGCGCCUGCGCACGGCGCUACUACUGCUGUCCGCGGACCCCGCGCAUGCGCCGCGUCUGCUGGGGUCCUGCGAUGUCCGGGUGCAUGCCUUCCGCCCCCGCCGUGGUACCUUCGGGCUAUGCGGCCCAGCGGGCGAGCGUGUAGGGGAAGUGGCGCUCUUCUACCGCCUAACCGACUUAGGGCACGUCCUGACGGGGACCGCGGAUUUCCAGGCCCUGGAGAUUCCUCAGCCGCAGCUCAAGGAGGCCUCAGAGUCACGCCCCCAGGGUAACUCAGAGCCACGCCUCCAGGAGACCUUGGGGCCGCGCCCCCAGUGUAACUUAGAGUCAUGCCUCCAGGAGAGCUUGGGGCCAUGUCACCAGGGUAAGUCAGAGCAACGCCUCAUGCAGACCGUGAAGCUUGGUACCCACGGUUCCUCAAAACUGUGUCAUAAGGAUGUCUCAAAGCCACGCCCCUGGGAUGUCUCAGAGCCACUCCCGCAGGACACCUCAAAGCCACGCCUUCCGGGUGCUUCAGAACCACUCCCUGAGGUUGCCCGGGUCUGGUCUGCUGGGGACUCAGAUCCCUCAGCUGUGCAGAAGCACAGGGAGGAAGUAUCCUUCCACAGUAAGGCCAGCUCUGGGGACAUGGGCCCUGUCCCUUUUUCACCUGCUCCCGGUGGGAGAAGUGUCAGCCCUGGGGGCCAGGAGGCUCCAGAGCUGGACUUUGAAACCAACACCAUUUGCCCCCCUCCUCUGUAUUACACCCACCUGGCCCAAGAAAAGAUGUCUCCUGCCCGGGUUGAAGUCACCUUCGAACCUCAAAGAAAUGGACCAGACCUCCUGGAUGGCGAUUUUCCAGAAACAAAACUUGUAAGUCCUCCAACACACUCUGUCAAACAUACAAAAUCUGCAACACAGGAGAGCCCUCCAGUGCUUCUAAAUCUUCCACCAACGCAGGACCCAGAAGCAGCUAAUGCAGCUGUGAGUCAGUCUCAGACUGAGCAAAGUACAAUCAAUACAAUAAGGCAGCUGCCGUUGCUGAAUGCCUUGCUGAUCGAGCUGUCCUUGUUAUACAACCAGCCAGUGGCAAGUUCCACUCAUGUGCACCCUCAGUUAGCCUGGUUGUACAGAGCAGAGCAUAAGGGACCAGAAACUUCUGCCAAGUCCACAUCCCGCUCUGAAUCUAAGAAGAGUAAGUUCUCUGUGGGGGAACAUGAAAAGUCCACCAGUCUUCAGAGUAAAAAGAACCAAGUUGAAAACCACAGAAGUAAACAUUUGGAAAGGAUCAGUGGGAGCCCUCCCCCAAGAGUUACAAAGGGGAGACUGCUUUAUGGCUUAACAAAUACACUACGGCUGCGUUUAAAGCAAACAAAUCCUGAUAUGUUGAUUGUUCAUGAAAAGAGGGAACAAUAUAGAAAAAUGCAGAUAAAAGCAGUGGGUCCAAAGGUUCGAGUUCCAUCACGUAAAGUGUUAAGCUUGGCAACGCCAAGCCAGGUGCCACCUCAGUUGCCUGAAGAGAACUCCUCAGGCUCAAACGGGUCUUUUGCUGAAGACACUGAUACCUCAGGGCAAAUCAAUGCAGUUUUUGAUGAGCCCAAUACCACUAAAGAAAUGAAACCGAGCCAUGCUAUUGACAAACAGACAGCUGAUUGGAGUGAAACUAGAAAUAGCAUCUCAGUGGAAACAGUUGUGAGCCCUGCAGAUUCCAUUAGUUCAGAAAGAUUUGCUUACACAGAUAUUUUGAGAGGAAAAUCAGAAAUGAAAGCUCAAAUCUGGUGUGUUUCCAGACAAGAGGAUGCUCCUGUUGACAGAGUUGUAGGUGAGGAAAUAGGUAGGCAGGUCAAAACCACAAGCAGAGAUGUUCUGACUGCUGAGAAGAGUGAAAACAGACCAAGCAGAAACAGUUCUUAUGAGAGCAUCUCAGAACUAAGGUAUUCUGAUGACUUUACCAGCCCUUGCUACUCUGAAGACUUCUGUACCUCUGAGAACAGCAGAAGUUUGCCAGCUCAGGACAGCAGUGCAAGGACAGGGAAUCCAAAACACAGUUCUCAUGCCAGUGGGUCAAGUGAGGCGAGACUGUCCACAAGGAAAAGCAGCAGUGGCAAGAGUGGUGUUAGCCCACCCUUCUCAGCUUGUUCACCAGUGUGUUCACAUGAAAGGUCUCAUGUCAUCAAAACUCAAGACAGAAGUUUGCAGGAAGCAUCCAGUAUCUCCACCAGUGACCUGUCUUCAUCACAGUGGACAGACGGAAAAGAAAACCAGACAGACCUGACGAGCACCUAUAAGUCUAAGGUUGUGAACAGAGGUCAAGACAUUAAACUUCAAACAGGAACUGGUUGCAAGUCUUCUAAGAAAAGCCAGUCACCUCGGACAUUCCAAGUGAGUUCGUAUUUACCAUCCAAUUUGAACGAACUAGAACUCAAGGCCUCAGGUAGCAGCCCAUCUGAAGAGGAAGACGAUGACCUGGGUUCACUGAGCAUUUCCAAACAAUGCAAAGAUAUUCGAGAAUUAAUAAUAAAUAAACUUCCAGGAUAUACAGUGUGAAUGUAUAUGCUUUAAGAAAACCUCCUUAUGACUGAUGUGUGCUCUUAGUGAAGAGAUUUAAUAACUUGUAUAUUAUCUUAGUACAUAAAUUAUGUGACUAGUUCUCUUUAAGAAAUGUAAAUAGUUUUAUCAUUGAUAUUUUGUUCCUUACCCUUAAGUCUAAUCAUAUUGUGAAAUCCUUUAAACUUAGGGAAGAUUCCUUUGUAAGAUGCUUAAGAGUAAACAUAUAUUUUAAAACUAUUUCUGAAAGUGUUUUGACGUAUAAAGUUGGAUUUUUCUACACCAUUGAAAAAGGAAGGGCUUGUUAAGUUUAGCCUCAAAUUUUAAUGGGGAUAAGCCAGUGAACAGUUGUGUAUAGUGUGUGAGAUGCAGCCCCUGCUGUUAAGAGUUUACAGUUCAUGAAGGUUCAGUAGUUUUGUCCGGCACCACACCCUCCCUCCAACAGGCAGAGCACCUUUAACCUGUUUCCAUAGUGUUCUGCCCCUUUAUUUUUUAAUCCCCCUUUUACAUGAUUACUUGAUUAAUGCUUAUUUGAGGUUACAUUCUUUGAGAGGGACACUGUUGUUUCAUACACCAAUGAUAGUGAAGUUUCUAUGGUGCUGUUGGGGUACAAUAAAAAUAUGUUGAAUACCAAAGGAGGUGGCACACGCCUUUAAUCCCAGCCCUUAGGAGGCAGAGGCAGGCAGAUCUCUGUGAGACUGAAGCCAGCCUGGUCUACAUAGUAUCAGGUGGGCUGGGACAAGGGAGAGCCUAUCCAAAAAAAAAAAAAGUGUUGAAAAUAAAAUGAAUGAAAGCCUUAGUAUUUAAAGUACUUGGUGACCAGCUGUAGCACCAAGGCUACACUAAGAAACCUGUGAAAAUCUUAACAUUUUCCAUUUUCUGAGUAUAUAUAGCCCUUACGUGUUCUCCUAAGCAUUUGAAGAGGAGAACUGAAAAAGACAUCUCCCCACAGUCUCGUGAACAGGAGGCUAGUUUAGCUUGUUUCAGGUUGUUUAUUUUUAGUGUUUUCAUAAAGUCUGAUAGUUGUUUAUAAUUUCUUUCAUUGAUUUUAUAUCUGAGUUCAAGUAUUUUCAGGUAUUGUAGCUGUGUUUUAUACUGUAGUUUCUAGACUUCUUAAUCUAACAUUUUAGGAUCUGUGAAGCAAAUCCUAAUUUCCCUUUCUUUGUAGGUAAUUAAGUAAUUAUAUAGAUACCUCUGGAUAAUCGUGAUAGUAGGUGAGAUUUAACUGAUGAUAAGAGGGAGGGUGCUCUGUCUGAGGAUCAGUGUGAAUAACAGUGAUGAUGGGAAGGAGCCUGACAUUCAUGCGAGAGAGACUUGUCUUGAUGAGAGUGAUAGGUUCAUAUUGCAGAGUGGCAGAAAGGAAAUUUAUUAAGCAAGGAAAGUUCCAAAUUGUAGAGAGACUCAAAUUCCAAGCAAAUAAUGAAAUGACAGGCACAGUACAGCCAUAGAUUAUGAAUGAACAGUUGUGAUUAGUCACAUCAUUGUGAAUAUUGUAAAGUAUUGGAAAUCAUUAUUCAGAAGCACAGUAAUUAAGUUUGAAAUAUAAGUUUUGUGAUCACAGCCUAAAAUUUGUUUUUCUGUAAAUGUAAUUUGGGUUGCUAGGUACUCAACAUGCAGAUUGUUCAAUGGCAGGUUUUCAUGGAAGACAGAAAUAGCAACAGCAGAAUCUUCAAAGACUGAUGGUUGGAAUGAGAAGUCUCCCCAGUGGUCCCCAGUUGGUGGCACUGUUUGGAGAAGUUAUGGUACCUUUAGGAGGUAGAGACUUGCUGGAGGAAGUGUGUCAGUGGGGGGUGGGCUUUGAGGAUUUGUAGCCUGCCUCACUUCCUUUUCUUUCAUUCUCUGCUCCUGUGAAUGGAUGAAAGUGAGGAGCUCCCUGCUCCUGCUGCCUUGCCUUCCACUAGGGUGGACUUUCUCCCUCCACAACUGUAAGCCAAAA